AUUUUAACAGAGAGAACCCUAAUUUUUAAUCGUGAACUCAACUCUUCUCUGUUCUCUGUGUUUGAACGCCGACGCCUACACUGUCCCUUUUUUUUUGGUCACUCCAAUCGUCGAUCACUCAUAGCUUUUCUCUCGCUAGACUUUAUGUUUAUCUCUCUAAACUCUCUUGCGAAGUCUUUCUUCUUUACUGGAACUUUCACGAAGACGAUCGGUUUUCUCCGCCGUUACAGUUUGACCAGUUUGCGGUGUCGUUGGAAGUGAAGGCAUUUGAAUCUAAUUAGAACUGAAGUGGGUUUUCAAUUUUGGGUUCUUUACUGGUUAAGAAGGAGUUACGUCGGUUACUUAGCAAUUUUUGAGGUUAUUUGGGAAAAGAACAGGAGUUCAGGUAAAAAUUGAAAAUUGGUCGAGGUGGACUGAAAACUGGGUUCCAGUAAGGAGGAAUAUUCUGGUUAUUUGCUGAACAUGGGAUUUAAGAACAGAUUAAUUUUAAAGAAAACAACUUUCGGCUUGCAUGUGUGAGAAUUUGCGUUUUGAAAAAACAAUCUUUAGUACCAACCUUAUUUUGUUGGGGUGGGAAAAACAGUGAAAUAGGGGGGAAGAUUGGUUCGAGGGCAGGGGUACUGCCUGUUGAGGUGCGUGCACUUAUGCCUUCGGUUGGUGGGAUGAGAAGAACUACUAGGAUUUUUGGGACAAGGGUUUUGAGGUCAGGGCGGAGGUUAUCAACUUCAUUUGAGGCUAAGCGGGCAAAGCAUGGGGAUGAGUGGAUUGGGCUUCUUGACAAUGUAGGUGGUGGUGGUGGUGCUGCUGCUGAUGCCACUAGGUGCAAGAAAAAGGGGUGGCUUAAGAAGGAAGUUGCUUUGAACCUUGAAGCUGACGAAAUGAAUAUUGAUGCAGAUAGUAAGUCUAUGGAUGAACAGGAGACACUAGAGGCACCUGUGGUGGAUACUGUUAGUCCGAAAAGCUAUAUAGAUCGGAUGUGGGGACUUGUAUAUACGAGGAAGAGGAAAAGGGUGGACUUGAAAAGGCAUGAUUCUGUGAGAGGAAAAGUGUUAACAGAUGUUAGGAGGUAUGGCAAGCAAUUUAUAAGGAAGAAAAAACAUAGAUCAGCUUAUGCUAAGGAUUCGGAUAAAUCUGAAGAUGGCCAAUUUUCAAGUGACAUUGUUAUUGUAAAUACAUCAUAUGGAAGCGGUUAUUGGGUUUCCUGCCUUUUGAAUUGCAUUUUAAUGUAUUUGAGGAGGUCAACUGUUAGUUUGCAGCAAAUCUUUGGAUUCAUCAACUCAAAACCUCUGAGGGACGUUUGGUCAUUGCAAGGAAUCCUCCUCCUCAAGGAUCAGACUCCCAAGAAAAUCAAAACUGGAGCUUGUGUUAUCUCUGGCGUCAGGUGUUCUGUUCCUGUUUUUACGUUGGACUUUUCUACAGUCCCGUGUUUCUUUUUAUACCUGCACUCAAGCUUGCUUCUCAGAUUUGUUCCCAUGUCAUAUGCAUUAGUCAUGCAACCUACAGUUGCCAUUGAUGAAGUUAUGGUGACUAAUGACAUGGAGAUUGUAUCUCGCCUCACCCCUGUAACUCAGUCUGAAUUGGAUGUGAAUACUCAGUCUGGAUAUGAUGUAGUUGCACCUGGAGCAUAUGAUUCUAAAAAGAUUGAAGUGGUUAACACAACUGUUGGUCUUCCUAAAUCAACUGCCCGGCACUUGCAGCCAAGGAACAGUCGUAAUAUCCAGAAGAGGAGAAGCUCAUUGAGGUCAAUGAGAGGCAGACAUUCUUCCUUUGGCACACAGAAUGCCAGUGGUGUUUUGACUUCCGACAGGUUAAGGUUCAGACGUGAUGGCCUCCGAUUUUCCUCUCGGACACCUCAUUAUGAGCUUAGAAGUUCACGGCAGAAAACUUCCAUGCCAAGCGUCAAAGAACUAAAAUCUGCUUUGGUGGGAUUGACACAGAAUAUAGAGACAGUGAGUUGUUCGGCAAACAUAUUGGUUAUUGAACCAGACAAGUGUUACAGAGAAGAAGGCGCCGUCAUUGGUAUGGAACUUUCUGCUGCAAAACAAUGGAUUCUAGCAGUGAAGAUAGGUGGUGUAAGGAGAUUUAAUCUUACUACUGAAAAAGUUAUGAGGCCAUGUAGUUCCAACCGUGUAACUCAUGACUUAAUAUGGGUUGGGGAUAGUGGUUGGAAGUUAGAGUUUCCAGAUAGGCAAGACUGGUUGAUUUUCAAGGAACUUUACAAAGGAUGUUCUGAUCGCAAUGUACAGCCCCCUGCGGUGAGCAUCAUUCCUGUUCCUGGUGUAAGUGAAGUAUCAGGCUAUGCAGAGAGAAAUCCUCCCGACUUUGCCCGGCCAGUUUCAUACAUCACUGUUAAAGAUGAUGAACUAGCAAGGGCAUUAGCAAGGAGUACAGCUAACUAUGACAUGGAUGGUGAUGAUGAAGAAUGGCUGAGAAACUUUAAUGAUCAGCCUAGUCUGGAAAAUGAUCACCUUUCAACUGACAGCUUCGAGUUGCUGAUUGAUCAUUUUGAGAAAGGCUUCUAUUGUAAUCCAGAUGAUUACUCUGAUGAGAAAGCUGCUGUUAGUAGUUGCCCGAAUAAGGAAAAGAAAGAGAUUGUAGAGGCUGUGUAUAGUUACUGGUCGAAAAAGAGGAAGCAAAACCGGUCUUCCCUGAUAAAAAUUUUCCAGUGUUACCAGCCAAGGAGAACUCAAGUGAUCCCAAAAUCUAUCUUCCGGAAGAAGAGGUCUUUCAAACGGCAAGGAAGCAAAGCUGGUAGAGGCAAACAUCGGCCUUUUCUACCAGCUGUUGUUGCAGAGGAAGAUGCUGUACAGCAACAAAAUGCAGUACUGAAGGUGAAUGAAGCAAAAGCUGCUGCAAACAAGUCGGAGGAUUUGGCAGUUCGGAUGAGACAGAAGGCGCAGCAGCUGAUGGAGAACGCUGAUCUAGCAACUUACAAAGCAAUGAUGGCACUUAGAAUAGCUGAAGCAGCUAAGAUUGCUAAGUCUAAAGAAGCUGUUGCGCCGAUUUUCCUAGGUUAGACGAGUGUCUUUUUUUGGUGUUUCAGUAAAUUCAGGUUGAAAUGGCCAAUUUUUCCCCUUGUUGAAAUCGGAGGAAAGACAGCCUCGUAAUGGCCUUUUUAGAGAAGCCUGUGGAGGUCUCGAAAAUCUUUAACAGGAUUUUGUGUAUAGAUUCUAAUGGGAUGUACAUUCUGUAUCAUUAUUUCUUUAGAUGUUAGCUUAGAUUUGUACAAGGCAAAAAUGUUUCAGAAAAGCAUAACAGAUAUACAAGAUUUUGAGCAUCGUACAUAAUGCUUUUUAUCGUCU